AUGUCGCCGCGCAAAGCCAUAGCACUAACCAAGAACAUUAUUGGCGAUGUCAUACCCGCGACACCUUCAAAGCAGCCCUCCAAGCACCGUUUCCCAAACUUUUAUUCGUGCUACUUGCUCAAGUCUAUGAAAACGACGGAUGCCAGGGCGCAACACAAUGGUGAAGUCGCAAUGGGAGCCAAGAAGACGAAAAACGGUCGCCCAUGGGCGAUGCAAAUGCUAGUGCACGGCUUUCCAUCUCGCCAGGCCGCUCUCCAAUUCGAAUGGGCAUGGCAGAAUCCGCAAAAGUCCCGCUACCUCCGUGACGAACGCGGGAACCAGCUCUUCACGAGAAACAGCAAAGCGGUUAGCAAGGUCAUGCAGUGA